AUGGACGCUCGUGCAAAGAUCUCGAAGUUAUUUUCAAGCGCAACGGCUGCACUGAACAACGCUGCCACUGGGACUGGGACUGGGACUGGUGGAAGUGCCGCCGCUGAAACUACUACGGCUCAACCGCUGCAGUCGAUCAAGCCUUACAAUUUGAUUGGAUAUACUCAGUCCUCACAAAGAAGCAGCAGCAGCAGUAACCAGAAGCAUUCGGCAUCGUUAACCGCCUCAUCGGCGAAUCAGCAUGGCACCAGCAACAGUCAACGACCGUCACCUCUAACCACGGUGCUAACUCAGAAUGCCGUCCAGCAAAAUGCUGCCUCAUCGCCAGUACGAGCACGAUUGACACUUGGUGGUACCACGAGCAAGCAAAAUAUGCAUAGCUCCUCACCUCACUCGCGCAUCUGGAGCCCGACUGGAGCUACAAGCCCAUGCCAAGUGUCACCGUCAGAUGAGCAAUGCUAUCGACGUACGCUAGCCGACGCUAGUUCUGAUCCUACAGGCGGCAGCACAAUCGUAACAAGACGACUUGAAGAUGGUCAUUUGGACGUUCGUUUCGUCUACUCAAGGGACUUCAUUUUGGCCGCAUCUUCAAGCCCCUACGCACUGGUGCCACCAUCAAAUGUCAAAAAAAUAGUGGCGGAAAUGGGCGAGAUCAUUGCCCCGUUUCCGACCAGUUUCUUCAAUUCAUUGAAGAAAGACACAUUUCGCUGUGACGAUUCAAAUGAACUGCUAAGCACUGAUUCAGUAUCGGUCAAUCCCGAGUCUGUGCAACUGCAAGCACAACACUGA